CCAAAUGAGCGCUACACGACCAUCGGGCCAAACCCCAAGGUCAAUUUUCUUGGUAUUCAGUUAUCAAGAAAGUUGUGGAACUCAUCUUCAACUUUUCUAAGGAAAACACUUUCUUGCAAAAUUGAUAUCGUGCAAAAAAAGAAGAAAUUCUAGAUUUUCCGUAAAUUUCUCUGUCAACAGAACCCAAAGGAAAACAGAUUUCGUUUUCCUGUGCUUCACCCCACUUACCUUGCGAAUAUAUUUCUCACACAACAUUCCCGAAAACCAAACGGUUUCUUUUGAACUUCUUAUGAUUUCAAAUGUAGUUUCAAUCAGCAACCAAGUUGAUUCACUGAAUCUUGGAAUUAUCUUUCACUUUCUGCACAAGGAAGACACUUUUACUUGAUCUCUGGUCCAGCUUUUCCUUGUCUGCUUUGACAAAAUCCGUUCCUUUGCUUUGUCUUUUUUCUGCUUUACCUUCUUUACUUUUUGAUAUGCUCCGGAGAGGGAAAAUCGUGUUUGAAUAAAUGUUCUCUCUUUUGGGAGAUUGAAUUCAGGUGAAGGUUGAAAUCUUGCCUGGCUUUAGAAGAUUCUCCCUUAAAGUCUAAGUUUGUGGCUGGUUUCGUUAUGAUUGACGCCGGCUCCAGUGGAUUGGCAUUUGACUUUGACAACCUGUUCCAAGAUUCCUAUUCUAUGUUCCAAACUGCCCUGUAAUCUUUAGUGUUUGGGAAUCUUUGGUUUCUUCGGUCUUGUGGUGGUUGGACAGUUCAACCUGAUCUAUACUAUCUGAUCAAGAGGAGCCUUCUUGUGCAUUUGUUUCAAUCUGAGGAAAUGGGGGGUUGUUUCUCAACUAGUAGUCAGAGUAGUUGCAGUAGCACGAGCAACGGAGAGAUUAUUUCUCCCUCUUGUCUACCCCUCCGGUUUUUCAGUAGAAACAGAAAUCGGAAAACAUAUUCCGACCAUGUCACCACGUUGCAGCAUCUGUCCUCCAUUCCUAACCGGAGAUUCACAAAUGGGAAGAGCCGAACUUCUUGUGUAUUCACACAGCAAGGGCGCAAGGGUAUAAACCAGGAUGCAAUGAUUGUGUGGGAAGAUUUCAUGCCAGAAGAUGUGACUUUCUGUGGUGUAUUUGAUGGCCACGGUCCACACGGCCAUCUUGUUGCACGGAAAGUAAGGGAGGCAUUGCCUGUGAAACUAUUGUCAUUCUUGAAUUCUUCCGAAUUGAAGCAAAAUGGGUCUAGCACUAGUUGUUGCUCGGGGAAUCAUAAAUCAGAUGGAGGUGAUCGUGAACAGGGUGGCUCUAAAGAUGAUAAGGUGGAUUUGCUAUGGAGAGAAGCUUUUCUGAAAUCAUAUAAAGCCAUGGACAAGGAGCUUAGGUCCCACCCUAACUUGGACUCCUUUUGCAGUGGUAGCACCGCUGUAACCAUAGUGAAGCAGGGUUCAAACCUUUACAUGGGAAACAUUGGGGAUUCUCGGGCGAUCUUGGGAUCUAUGGACAGUAACAAUUCCAUGGUGGCAACUCAAUUGACUGUUGAUCUGAAGCCCGAUUUGCCAAGGGAAGCUGAAAGGAUUAAACGGUGUAGAGGAAGGGUCUUCGCAUUGCAAGAUGAGCCUGAAGUGCCAAGAGUUUGGCUGCCAUUUGAUGAUGCACCUGGCUUAGCAAUGGCUCGGGCAUUUGGAGACUUCUGCUUAAAGGAGUAUGGGGUGAUCUCUAUUCCGGAAUUCUCCCACUGGAGUCUUACGGAACGAGAUAAGUUCAUUGUUCUUGCUUCUGAUGGGGUUUGGGAUGUAUUAAGUAACGAUGAUGUGGUUAAGACGGUAUCAUUUGCUCCAACCCGGUCCUCAGCUGCAAGACUCUUGGUCGAGGCAGCAGCGCGCGAAUGGAAAACCAAAUACCCAACAUCCAAAAUAGACGACUGCGCAGUAGUUUGCUUAUUUUUGGACGGGAAAAUCGACUCUGAAUCCGAUUACGAGGAACAAGGGCUCUCUUCCGCGACUCUCCCAAGCAAUCAUUGCGGGAAUGCAGCGGAAUCAGAUGACGGCCAGAACUCCGAGCCAUCUUUGCAGAGAAAUUUCACAGUCCGGUCGUCCGAAGAAAGCGAUCACUACAAACAAACACCAACAGGAGAAAAUGGGGAAACGGAAGCCGUGGUUGGUGAAGAACAGAGUUGGUCGGGUCUGGAAGGUGUUACGCGAGUCAACUCGCUUGUUCAACUUCCCAGAUUUCCUGAGGAAAGACCAAAAACUUGAGCUUUUGUAAUUUAUGGGAAACUGCUGGAUUAGCAGUCUUUUUUUCAACCUCACAAAAUCCAGGCAAUUGGAGCUUGUUUGUACUGGUGGCAUUCUGUUGAAAGCUAGAGAAAGUGUUUUGCUAUUGCUUCA